AUGUGUCCAAUCUACGUCCACUCCCAAAACGUGUUCCCUCUCCUGCAGUUCACGAGGCGAGCGGGUCAGAGCCUAAGGCACCGACUGCACCAACUCGCAGCAGCAAUGGAAGCACAUCGCUCCAACAACGCACAACUCUGCACUGAUGUUUCCACCGGAGCUGCUGCCCGACCCUCAUCUGGAUCUGCAGCAGCGGUGGCAGCAGUAAGUGCAGCAGCGGUGGCAGCAGUGCGCAUCUCCACCUUCCACUCCUUCUGCCUGCAGACCCUCAGGCAGUUUGCGCACCUGGCGGGCCUGCCUAAGGACUUCACCGUCUUCCCUCCCAAGAUGCAGGCAGAGACGUUGAUGGAGCUGCUGCAGGAGUGGGCUGAGAGGAAAGCCGUAGAGGCAGGGGAGAGGGAAGGAGAGCACGGGUCCAGUCGAAUAAGUGUGCCAUCAGGCAAGAAACUGCACUUCAUCAUCCGUCGCUUCCUGCACGAGUUUGGCCGCCUGGAAGCCGAGAACGCGGCCAUGCAGGUGCUGCAGGGCUCUCGCCCUCGGCACCAGGCAGCAGCAGCAGCAGCAGCAGCAGCAGCAGCAGCAGCAGCAGCAGAAGCAGCAGCAGCAGCAGCAGCAGCAGCAGCAGCAGCAGCAGCAGCAGCAGCAGCAGCAGCAGCAGCAGCAGCAGCAGCAGCAGCAGCAGCAGCAGCAGCAGCAGCAGCAGCAGCAGCAGCAGCAGCAGCAGCAGCAGCAGCAGCAGCAGCAGCAGCAGCAGCAGCAGCAGCAGCAGCAGCAGCAGCGGCAACCUCAUCGCCAGCAUCGAAUUCAGCUCCAGGUGCUGCUGCUUCUGGGGCGAGCGGUCGUGCUGCUGCUGUGAAUCAUGGUGGCGUGCAGAGAAGGAGGCGGAUAUCGUUUGGAGGAGACGGUGGUGGUGGAGGAGGGGAGGGUGAUGAGGAUGGCGGGCUGUUUGCGUGGCUGUGGAAGCAGUACCGCCGCCGCCUCGUGCUCAACAAGGCCGUCGACUUCUCCCAGUUCGCCCCUUAUCUUUCCUUUCCGCUCCACCACCCCUCCCCACCUCCACCCCAACACGCGCCAGUGGACGAGUUUCAGGACACUGACAGCUGUCAGAUGGAGCUGCUUCUGCUGCUCUGCCGCCCGCUGCCGUCCGCACCAACCCUGACCCUCGUGGCCGACGACGACCAGCAGAUCUAUUCCUUCCGUGGCGCCAUGGGCCUGCCGAACCUGCGCCGCUUUCUCCGAACCUACCCGCAGGCUCGGACGGUCUGCCUCGACCAGAACUUCCGAAGCUGCGGCUCGGUGGUAGAGGCCGCCCGCCACGUCAUCGCUCACAACCAAUGGCGGCACGCCAAAUGGAUGGUCACAGCAGCGCCAGUGGGCCCGCUUGUCUCUUUAUGCGAGUGCCGCACGGAUCGGUGCGAGGCGGCAGCUGUGGUCGGCAAGAUCUGUCAUCUAGUGGGGUCAUGCGGGGUGCCGGCGAAUCAGAUUGCAAUACUGUACCGUGUGCAGGCCGUGGGAAAGGUGAUUCGGCAGUAUCUGAAGAGCCAUGGGAUCAAGGUGUCUUCUGCUGCAACUGGAGGAGGGGGAGCAGGAGGCUUUGGAGGUGGAGGAGGGGGAGGAGGAGGAGGGACGGCAGGAGGAGGGGAAUGGGGAGCAGCAGAGGAGGAUGGGGUAGCAGUAGCUGCAAAUGGUUUCAUAGCAGAGGGGGGUAACAGUGCGAUGGCUGGAGCUAGGGAAGGGAGGGGGACGGGGACAGUAGGAGCAGUUUUCCAUGAUAUCCUGGCACUCCUGCGAUUGGCUGCCAAUGAAUCGGAUGACGUGGCAUGUCGGCAGGUCCUGCGCUUUGUGUGUCCGCCGCCCACCCGCCAGGUGGCGAUCUGUCUGCGCACGCUACAGUGCGCCCCGCACCGCAUCUCCCUCCUGCCUGCCGCCCGCAUGACUCGUCUGCACCUCCUCGGCAUCUCCCGCUGCGCCGCCCUCUCCAACGUGUCUUCUACCAACCCCAGCGGUGCUACUAAUGGAUCAGCGGGCAACAGCAGUGCUUAUAACGGAUCACACUCUACCCAUGCACACAAAGCAGCCGACCCUGCAUGGCCCCACACGCUCUCACCAGAUGACACGGAGGUCCUAGAGGGGAUAAAAAAGAUGGCUGCAGCAGUAUCGGAGCUGCAAGGUCUCCUGGGCAUCCCCCCGCCUGGCUGGUCUUCUACCCCUGCUCCUGCCUCCUCUGCUCCUGCCUCCUUCGCUUCUCCCUCUGCUUCUCGCCCCCCCGCAAGCAGGAGGAGAGGCAGUGCUACUGGGAUCAUGGGUCAGGGUGGUGGGCCCACGUCCUUACCUGCGAUUUUCCACGGAGAAGGAGGAGGGGAGGAGGAGGAGGAGGAUGGGGUGUUCUGUGAGGCUUUGGUGAGGUGUGCACUUCGGUUUGUACGAGCAGUGAGGGGUGGGGAGGGGCGGAGUGGGGCGGGGGUUGGGGCGGAGGUGGUGGUGCAGGGGGUGUUAGGGGGCGGCGGGGGAGGGGGAGUGGUCGGAACGGUUGGUGGAGGAAGGGGGGUUGGUGGGACUGGUGGAGGAGGGUGGGGAGGUGGGCGUGGGAUGGGGGGACAGGGGGGAGGCGCAGGUGCGUUGGAUCCAGCCAUGUUUGCCGGUGUGAGAGCUCUGCUUCUAGAGGCUGCGGCUUUUGACAGGGAGAGGAGGCAUAUGCGGCAGGCGAUGCAGGCGAGAGUAACGAGUGCUGCAGCAGAAGUGGCGUCAGCAGCAGGAGCAGCAGCAGGAGGAAAAGCAGCAGGAGGGGCUGCUCUGAGGAAAGCAGGUGAAGGAGCAGAAGCAGUGAGGGGAAUGGGGUUGGGAGAUGUGCCAGGAAGGGUGGUGUCAGGGUGUGAUGCGGGGAGCGAAAGAAACAACAGCGGCAGGCACAUGGCCAAUCCAGGUGGCUACUUCUCCCCAGCUACCACCCCUGUGAAAGACCGCUACAGUCUGGGCGGCAGCAGUGAGAGCAAGCAGGGUGGCAGGAGGCCGAGCUAUGCGGACCUGCUGCUGCAGCGUGAAGGAGUGGUGGGAAUGGUGGGCGGCAGUGGAAUGGCACAGGGAAUGGGGCUUGCUCGAUGGUCCAAUGCUGCAGGGGCUAGCACCGCAAGGCAAGCUGAGUUUGAGAGACGGAUGGGGAGGCAAGGAGAGGUGGACUUGCACGAUCCCAGUGCUGGUGCUGGUGCUGCUGGGUACAUUCGUGGUGAUGGUAUUGAUGGUGAAAAUGGGAACAGAGAGGGGGAGGUGGAGAGGGAAGGUGAGGAGGAGGGGGAGGAGGGGGAGGUAGUGGUUCAGUUUGUGGAUCGAGUGAUGGAGAGAGUGCAUGAGAGGGAGCUCGGGGUGGGUGUGGAGGAGGGGUUGGGAGGGGUGGGGGACAGUGCUGGUGAGAGAGAGAGUGCGGGGGGACGUGGGGGUAGGCGAGCAGGGAGGGGGGGUGAGGGGAAGGGGCGGGGGAGUGGGGGGAGUGGGGGGAGUGGGGGGAGGGAGAGUGAGCAGGAGAGCGGGGGAGUGGUGCUGAGCACGAUUCACCAGGCCAAGGGGUUGGAGUGGCAGGCUGUGAUUGUAGUGAGGGCGAACGAGGGCGUGCUUCCACUGGUGGACUUCAGUAGACUCACACAUACCCCUGCCACUGCCACCACCACCAACUACUCGCCCACGCCCCAAACCCUACCACCAACAACAACGAAAACGACAGCAGAAGCAGCGGCAGCAGCGACGGUGGCCGCACAGGGGGCAGGAGGGGCAGUGGGAGGAAGAGAGGGGUGUGGGCGUGAGAGUGGGGUGCGGCCCCUUCCUCCUCUGCCUGCCAUGCCCCCGGACUAUGACGCUCAGUUGGAGGAGGAGGUAAGCCGAGAUAUUUGA